UGAACCAAUAUGGAUGUUAUACCUUGCAUCAGAAGUAUAGCACCAACACCUAAUUAGCUCUCUCCUGAGCCCAAAGUCACUGAGCCCAACUCUCCCUUCAUGAUGCAGUGUGUGGUUUGAGAUAAAUGAUAUAACAUUAAGCUCAAGGUGGUUGAGUCUCAAGCAGUAGGGAGGCGGAAGCAAGCCAAGGGAGCUCCGUGCCCACUGAUCCCACGGGACUCACUGAAGACACCGGAACUGUACUUGCAGUGUUGGGUUUUAAGCACUCUGUAUUGUGGCUAUUUGUUUAACUCCUGAUUGUGUAGACUGUUGGGAGACUAAAGAAAGAGGGGUGGGUAGGGACAUAGAUAUGUACACUAGUGGGUAAUGCAAUUGACAGAAUAUAUGACAUGAUAUAUUUUUGUGUUAUUUGAGUUUGUUUUGAUAGAGUUUAUAUCUGAGGAAUAAAUCAGAAUUGGGUGUAAGGGCAGUAUUGCAUGCAGUUGUAUUCCACUAGAAAAGUCUCCCCUCAGUUAGCUCGCAUUCUCAGUUUCAUGAGUUUGUGAGUAUAUCAAUCACAUUUUUAUUUUGAUAGGUUAAUGGACCCAGGUAUGCUUAAAUAUCCUAGUCAGUUUUACAUGUUUUUAAUGUGAUUAACUAUAUAGUCACAGGUAAAGUUAGUGAGAACUAGAAGGUAGGUAGGCCCAAUUGUGGGAUCCUACCUCCCCCUGAUAUUUUACCAUCCAUUAUUUCAAUGUCCAUAUGGUCUUUUCUCUCCCUCCUUCGUGUGUGUGUUACAGCACCCAGAUAGCAAGAUGAUGCAGAUCAACCUGACAGGUUUCCUGAAUGGGAGGAAUGCCCGGGAGUUCAUGAAGGACCUGUGGCCCCUGUUGCUGAGUGCCCAGGAGAAUAUUGCUGGUAUCCCCUCUGCUUUCUUGGAACAGAAGAAAGAGGAAAUUAAACAGAGACAGAUUGAGCAGGAGAAGCUUGCUUCUCUGAAGAAGGUUGAUGAGGAUAAGAAGGAAAUCCGAGAGAGGGCUCAGUCUAAGAGCCCGAGGAGGCGGAAGACAAGAUCACCGUCACCACGGCGAAGGUCACCAGUGAAGCGAGAAAGGAAACGCAGUGCAUCCCGCUCCCCAAGACGUAAACCCAGCCCAGUUGGUGGCGGUUCACCCCCUCCGCCCUUGAUGCAACUGCCCACGAAACCUUUGGAGCAGCUUGUGGAGCCAGAAACAUCAGAACCAAGAGCUAUGCCAGAACCAGUAAUCCAAGAAACUUCUUCCACUUGUGACAAUGUUGUGGAGGUGGUGAAAGCAGACUCUGUGACUGAUGUCAAAGAACCCUCACCGGAGAAGGUUCACAAGAAAGAAGAAAGGCCCAGGUCCCGGGAAAAAGAAAAAGACAGUAGGAGGGAAAGACCUCACCACCGUUCUCGUUCUCAUUCCCGCUCUCGCCGGCGGCGCUCACGUUCUAGAUCAUACUCCCCUCGUAGAAGACCGAGUCCAAGGAGGAGAAUGUCUCCUCGCCGAAGGAGUCCCCCUAGACGUGGUCCCCCUGGCCCCAGACACCGCCAUAGACGCUCCCCUGUCCGCCGGAGGCGCUCUCGCUCUGCUUCAUCCUCUGGCAGCAGCUCCUCUGGCUCUCGCUCACCAAAAAAAGCAAUGAAAAGGAUAUCCAACACACCACCCCGAAAACAGGUCCUUCAUCCUGACACCUCCAAUAGCCCUGCAGGGAAGGACAGACGGUCUCAAUCUCCACGGGCCAGAAGAGGCAGAGGCUCUGCAUCACCUGCCAGAUCUUCUGGUUUCAAGCGUAAACAAGGAGGCAGAGCUGAUUCGCCAUCUGAUAAUGCCAAGCCCAGACCUUCUGAGGGGUCUGAGUCAGAGGAGGAUAAAAAUGAGAAAGGGACAACAGCAGAUUCCGUGCAGCAGCGACGUCAAUAUCGCAGGCAGAAUCGUCAGUCUUCUUCAGAUACAGGGUCUUCGUCGUCGGAUGAUGAGGGGCCCAAGAGGCAAACAGCAGGGCCAGGUGCCAGAAAUGGUGAAGUCAGAAGAAGACGCAGCCGUACGCCAUCCCCACGGAGGCGACACAGAGAUACCUCUCCAAGGAAAAGACGUUCUCCAUCACCCCCUGGACGCAGACGUCGCUCCCCCUCUCCCCCCCGUCGUCGCAGAUCUCCUUCUCCUCCCAGACGAAGGUCUCCUUCCCCACCUCCUCGCCGUCGUUCUCCAUCCCCCAGACGCUAUUCUCCUCCUAUUCAGCGUCGCUACAGCCCCUCACCUGUGCCUGCCCUGAAAAGGAGGUUGUCUAUUUCUCCACCAAAGCGCUCGUCUCCAGGGGCCAAGCGACGGUUCUCCAGGUCCCCUAAGCGCAGAAGUUCUCCUGCUCAAAGAAGACGGACACCUCCAUUGUCCUCAUCUCCACCCAGACACAGGAGAAGCCCAAUGUUGCAAUCUGUCAGGCCAAGCAGGGACACACGAUCCCCCAUUGCAGCAGCCGGUCGCCUCUCCCCAUCUCCUGCCAACCGCAGUCGCACUGUCAGGGGUUCACCCAGUCCAAAGGGACGUUAUGAAACGUCCAGUACAUCUCCAUCAAACCAGCGGAGACAGCAGUCCCCUUCACAUAGUGGUAAACCCAUCCGCAGAGUGUCACGCACUCCAGAGCCACACAACAACCAGAGGCCAUCUCCGAGUCCACAGCCUAUGAGAAGAGCAUCCUCUAGAUCUAGGUCUGUUUCCCCUCAACCAGCAGCUCAGAAACGUCCAGUCCCAGCAUCUGCCUCCCCUUCACCAUCUCACUCAGCCAGUGGUUCUCCGCCACCUGCCAAAAAGCCCAGCAGUGGAUCAGGCAGUCAAUCCCCAAGCAAGAACUCGGAUGUUGAUGCAAGUGGGAAGAAAAAGAAGAAGAAGAAGGAAAAGAAACAUAAGAAAGAGAAGAAACACAAGAAGCACAAGAAACACAAGAAGGAGAAGAGCAGUGGCCCUGUGACUGCAGAUGGACAAGAGAAUCAGGGCAUUGAGGAGGAUGGAGAGUCAAGAAAGGAAUCAGACAGUGAAGUAGAAGACCGCUUGGAUGACCUGGAAAAGCACCUUCGCGAGAAGGCCCUGCGCUCCAUGAGGAAGGCUCAGAUGUCUCCAUCACAGAUGUCCUGAAACGAGGGGUUCUCUCUCAAUAAUGUUUUUCAACUCUAUAUUGAUGUUUGUCAUCAACCUGGUUCAGCUUUAGAAUGUAAAAAUUGUUAAAUCUUGAGUCUUUUGUUUCCUUUUUACUGGUUUGAUACAUUCUGAACUGUGUGUCAUUAAGAGCUUGCUUUGUCAGUUGGGGUAUUAUCUAUACUGUAAAGAAGCUUGUGUUGUCCAUAUUUUUAAAUUGAGCAGGUGAAUGGUUUAAGCUCAGAGGUAUGCGUUAGGGAGGUUAGAAAAUGUUUUCCAAAGCCUACAGUAGAUUCCAUUGAGAAAUGAUUGCAUGUGCAGUGAAAGUCUCUGAUGUGCAUGAACCACUGAUCUUGUGGAGUGUAGACAAAAAGCCAACAUAACGUAAAACUUUUACUCAUGCCUUUAAUCAGUGGGAACAGUUGUACAACUGUGCACUUUUAAAGGCAGUAACAGAAAGUCGUGUCCCAUACUAUAACAAUUUAGAAGUUUUUUGGCAUUGUUUAACGUGAUGUUUUAUGAUUUUUGAAAUGGUCAGUAACAAUCUCGUGUUACAGAGUAUGCUUUAAUUUUUUUUCCCAAUGGAUUGAUAUGAAAUUAACUUUACUUUCACACCCUUCACCAAGCUAAUCUCUGUUGGACUGCUAUUUGAUUUGUAUUUAGAACCCCUGGCUCUUGUUGUUUUGUCAUCCUUUCAGAAUUAAAACCUUUUUUAUUGGAA